UCAUGUCUUCUGCCUCCUGUUUUCUGCAGUGUAAACAUCAGUGACUUCAUUGUCUUUGCCCCUUUAAACCUCUGCUGCUGCCCUUCACUCUGCCCCGGUGAUAUUUGUGAGCGGGGCACUAUUGCUCCACUCUGUCCUGAGCUAAACUUAGACCUGACAGUAGCACCCUUCAUCACAACAUGCUCUGACCACCACACUGGGUUACAAUGGAGGGUGUCCCAUGACCACAGGUGCUGCUGUAUCUCACUGGUGACACUAGCAAAACAAGAUGUAGAUUUAAAGUCUCUGCAGGUCUUUCUGUCUUUCACUGCACUUGUAUUCCUCAUGGGCAGCUACAGCUCAGCCCUCAUUCCUGACACUGAGGAGUUUGCCUCUAUUGUGUCAGUGGCGGAGAAGCUGAAUGAGCAGAUAGCUGGUGCAAGAGAUGAGAGGUUACAGUCAGAGCUUCAGACUCUGGGAAGUAUACAUUUGAAAUUAUAUAUUUAGAAUCCAACCAGAGCAAUGUUACAUUAACCACUUACAUACCAUUGUAACUCAGCUGAGUGUGUGGUCUGGUCUGUUUGUGUUUCAUCUGUCCUUGAGGUAAAUUUAACUUCUCUGAGCUGCCUCUCUGACACACACUGACACACACAGCAGAAGAUUCUCACCCUGUAUUUAAUAUUCAUUUCACUUUUCACUAGAAUAAUUUGUUUCAAUAGUUUCUUUGGAGAGCACCAAACUCUGGGACAUUUGUUUUAUAUAUUUAGAAUAGAAUUUAGAUGUACUUUACUUAUCAGACAUCUCAAACUAGACUCAACUUACAGGCAACACUCAUGAUGGAGAAGGAAAGAAAAGAAAACCUGAGUGAAGAGCUGGAUGCUUCAACACUAAAAGAAAACUGUCAGGAAGCAAGUCACAAUGGCUCUGCCCUGCCGGCAGCGGCACCAAAAAGUGAGCCCAUCCCAUCCUUCUCCUCUCUGUUACCAAAGGCUCUCUCUGCUGUGCUGCCCCCGGGCCUCAGGUCCGACCCCCGGCCGAGCAGACAUCCAGCAACACACACGUCAGCGAACCUGGAUGAGCUGCAGACGGAGCUGAGGGACCUGAAGGACCAGUUUGAGCAGAUGAAGAGUCAGCACAACAAAGAAAUCAAACUGCUGAUGAACGAGCUGGAUGAGGAGAAAAGGAUCCGCUUGACUUUACAGAUGGAGAUUCAGCGUAUGAAGAAGCACAUGUCUAAAUGACUGAAAUCAACAUCGGAGACAUGAGAUCCUGAUUUGACAAAAAGAACUAUGUUUAAAUAUCCUGUUGAACCCAUAUCUGAUAAAUAUUUUUCUAUGCUUGAGUUAAAAAGAGUAAAACAUAUAAAUAUUAUAUACACAUACUUAUAUAACAUUAAAAAAUACUUAGGUUAGGUCAUUUCAUUUACUUUUUUGUG